CUACCACCUACCUCCAUCAUCAUCCCUCCUCCACCACAUCGCAUUGAGCGGACAUUUGGCGCCAGUCCGGGCAGCGACAGAAGCAGCGACAGCGACAGAGCUGGGUGUACCAUGUGGCUUUACACUUCGCUGCUCUCCUCCUCCUCCUCCUCCUCAUAUACAUGUCCAUGCCCGUUGCUGGUGCUGCAGUUGGUCCUCCUGGCGGUCGGCUUUCUCCCCCUGCAUGUGACGGCUCGCUUUUUGUGCGAGGGCGGGCACAUCUGUUCACUGCCCCGCGAUUGCUGCACUCAGGGCUGCUGUCCCACCUACCAGGGCGGACCCCGACCGCUGCCCCCGCCCUCGGAGCACGUCCUUAAUCUCUUCUUCAUCAGCCACUGGUUUUUCUGGUGCGUUGUGGUCGCCAUCAUCCUGGCCAUACUCUGUGCCUACUCGUUGUGGAAGAAGCGCCGCACUCUGUGCGGCUGGGGCUUCAACGAGCACCACACCCAGUCCGAGGGCGACUCGGCCGGGUCCUGCUAUGCCCCUCCGCAGUACAGUCGCUGCAAUUCGUUCCACCACCCUCCUCCACCAUACACAGAGGUCACGUCCAAGCCGGAUCUCUACCCGCUUGUCUUCACCUGCAACAGCGACAAUGGCAACGGCAAGGGCAACGGAAACGGCAAUGGCAGCUCCAGUUACCUCAUGGUCCAGUACUUCCGGAACUACAUUGUGCGUCCGGCGGGCUCUUUGAGCGCCGCCAGCACUGUGGACUCGCUUAGCUCUAGCUUCAUCUGCAAUGCGAACGAGGCGAACACCAUGGUUCCACCGCCAUAUUCCCGGGCAGCCAGCCCGGAGUUGGGUCUGCACCAAUACCUGGCGCAUGCCCAUGUGGCCCAUGGCACCCGCAAUUCGGAUCAUCCGGUAGCGCUACAGCCGCCGCUUACCGCAGCAGUGGCCCACCAGUAUGGUCUGCCACGCUCCGCCUCACAGUUGGUCGAGCCGGAGAUGUACCUGCCACGUCAGACUGGGGCUAUUCAGUCGCAGUCGCAGUCGCAGUCCCAGUGCCAGUCACGGGCUCACGCCCAAGCGCACGCCCAGCAUUAUGCUACGGUGGCCCUGGGCAGUGCCCCUGGCGGUGGUGGAGCAGCCAUGUACAGCACGCGGCUGCAUGGCUCCCACGAGGACGGGGUCAGUGGCCUCGUCAGUGGUGCUGGUGUGGGCUACCUACAGUCGCAGAGCGACCAGCACUUCCGUUACAUGGCCAACAGCAGCAGCAGCCUCAGUGAUAUCUUCGUGAACAACAGCUGUGUGGCAGGCCCUGGCGGAGCAGCAGGCGGCGGAAUGGGGCUCGGAGGAGGCCCCAGCCUUGAUAGUGUAGCCGCCACACAGGCCGCUUCGCUGUGCAGCCUGGCAGUCGGAGGUGGCAGUGGCGGCACACCGGUGAUCUUCAGCAAUGGCUGCAUUCAGCCUAAUCCUCUACACAGCCUGGAGAACUGCUGCCAGCAUGCCACGGUCGAUAUGGGAGACCGGGGCCCCACCUCAGGCGUGGGGCCAGGGGGCACUGCCAGCACGGCGUCGGGCGUUAGCAGUCUCGCCAAUAUCGGGACACCGGGCUCACCGCCACAGGCCACCAGUCCAACCGGGGAGGUACGCGAAAUUCUCGACCAAAUUCGUCAAUUGCAGGCAGGCGUCAGCUACGAACAUCUCCUGUUAAGCGGAGCGGCAACGGGAAUGGGAAUGGGAGCGAAGCCACGGCUACAGCACACACUAUCCACGCCCUCAUCCUCGCAGGUCCCACAGCCCACAGCGAUGUCGGUCUCUGUCUCUGUCUCUUCCUCUGCCUCUGGCUCCAGUGGAGUUUCCGCCUCUGGCAAGAGUAAAAAGUUCUUUGGCUCGAACAAGGCGCCGCCCCCUCCCAACAAGGCCUUGUACAUACCGAUGGCCGCCAUGGGAGCGGGAAUGGGGACGGCACAGCGCUGUUUGCUCAAGAGCCCCGUCAGCAGCGUGGUAAGUGGCGCCAGCUUCUUUGUGAACCGAGGGCGCGUGGCCCGCAAAGGCUGGAUCACACGCUCGGCACCCACUACGCCGGGCAGCGCCCUGCCCCCCAAUCGGCUAGGCGACGAUAGUCCGCUGUUGCUCAACGAGCACGACGAGGAUGCCAUCGACGAUGACAACGAGGACUUGGACACCGAGACGGAGACAGAAACAGAAGCAGAUGCCCAUGAUCAUCGACGACAGAGAAAUCGUCAGCCGCAACAUCGUCACCAUCAGCAUGGACAGCGCCGGCGCAAUGGCCAGAUUGAAUAAUAGUAAGAAUAAUAGUAGGAUGCAGAAGAUGCAGUCUUUGUAGUUUGUUGUAGCUCAAGGUUCGGUUAUCCCCCAUAGUAUUAAGCUUUUAAACGAUUCAGAUUUAGAUAUAGAUACAGAUACAGAUUCGGAUGUGGAGUCUCAGUGGAAAGGCGCUUCGGGGAUUUUCCUGGAGCCUAUGGCGGCACUGAAGGUGUGGGUUGGAGCACGCUUUUAGUCUGAAAACAGUUCAAACUGUGGUGGGGAAACCUGUAAGGGGAGGGAAGGGAGCUAUCGGGUGGCAGUAGAGUCGAGAAUUUAUGUGGGUUACAUUUAAGGAUCCUUAAACAUCGAUCGUACAUGCGUUUUUCUGUAAGUUUCUCAGAAAAUAAUGUAUUUUUCAAGAAACCAAAUACGAGUAUGUACCCAUAUGUUCGAGAAAUGUCUUCGAAUUCAAGUGUCUUGAAUUUUACAACAAAACCCUCAAUUUAUUCACAACUCAAAACAACUCAAAAAACAAAACAAAAACAAAAUACCUUGUUUUAGAAAUUAAGAAAUAAAUCUUUUUGUUUUACUUUUACUAUUACUACUAAUGUAUCUUAAAAUACUAGUUUUUAUUUUUAUUUUCUGUUUUUUAUACUCGUAUGUAUGUACUACUUGUAAAAUGUUGCACAAAAGAUUUAAAAGGGAUUACUGUACUGUGUGUGUAUGGUCUAGAUCUCCUCUCGGAUUCAUUCAGCCGAUCCUACAGAAAGACACACAAAAAUGUAACGCCUAAACAAGUUUUGUAAUUACAUUUUAAGAACUCGUUCAAAUCGGAACACAAGCAAACAAAAAACGGGAAGAUAUUGUACUCAAAGGGGACUGCUUGACGAAAUCCUUCUGCAUGCUAAUUGCUUUGAGGUAUGAGAGUAUGUAAAACUGUGCAGACAUUCGGGUGGAUAUUGAAGAGAGAUCAAAUAAUAACACAAAUAACAAAAGACUAAACUAAGCGAACAGUAGGGUGUUGGGGCGCAAAGGACUCGUUUGAAUGCAGCAGUGCCUUUUCAAUUAAAUAAACUACAGCCAAGAGAAGACAGAUACGACACGACGCACACACAAAAGAUGAGAAAAUCAAAUACCCAAUAAUCAAAAAUCAAAUAAAUAAGCAGCGAAACGAAUCUACCAGACAUAGAACAAUCCAAUGAACAAGGCAAUAUUUAAAAAUCUGCUUAAGCAUUAGAUAUAUACAGAUACAUAGAUACAUUACAGUAUGCAUAAUAAUGCAACAUAAAUACAUAUACAUAUAUAGAAGUAGAUUAAGGGGAAGGAAUUUUACAAUUCAUUGUCCAUCCAUUUGGCACUUCAGUUUCGUUUGGCGCUUUCGGUUUCGGGUCUCUUUCAUCAAUCAUUUCACUUAGCUUAGCUUAUUCAUCAUGAAUCCAGUUUCAACAUGUGUGCAUGUGUAUGCACAUACGAAAUGUAUGUAUGUACGUGCAUAUACCCCGUAUAUUUACAUAAUUAAUUAACAAGUAAAGCGAACUGAAAAGCGUUCAAUGCAUACAUAAAUCUCCAAAAAGCAAGUGAAUUGUUGUAAAGAAAACGAAAACAAACCAUUUUAAGGGAAAUAUACAAAGAUGAGAAUAAAUACAAUAAACGAAGGAAUUC